GGGGAGACCCGUGCACGGAACUCCCCCGGGGAACACAGAGUCGCCUCUGUUGCCCCGUGAUCGAAGGCGAGCCAGGCUGGGAGACGAUCGCUCGCAGCGAGAGAAGGAAGGGAGAAAGGGACUCCUCCUCGGAUCGCCAGGACCCCGCCAUGGUUGUAGUGCAUUAUUACCAGCGGCCCAGCAAGACUGAGAAUGGUCCAAGCAGCCUUCUGCGCACAGCCCGAGCUGCCUUGGGUGACAGCGUUCGAGCCGUACAGAGGGAAUUGUGCUUCAACGUUAACUGGACAGAGCAAAAGCCCCCAGACACUAAGGCGACCGAGUUGCUACAGUGGAUCUUUGGGUGCCCCUUUGAACACGGUGACAUUGCCACUAAGACUUUCCUCAGCCCGUCCCCUUCGGAUCUGCUGAUAGAGAUUGGACCCCGAUUGAACUUCUCAACAGCAGCUUCCACUAAUGCCGUAUCGGUGUGUCGGGCGGCUGGACUGGAAACGGUUGACAGGAUUGAGUGCUCUCGUCGCUACCUCAUCAAGUGUGACCAACGUCCGUCAUCGUCUGAGGAAGCCUGUCUCAUAGCUUCGUUACAUGACCGGAUGACUGAGCAGUGCUACCCAGAGCCCAUCAGUAGCUUCUCUAUAGCCGUCCGCCCUGAGCCGGUGUUCCAUGUCGAUAUAUUAGGAGAAGGGAGAGCUGCUCUGGAGAAAGCCAACAGCCAGCUGGGUCUGGCCUUUGACUCCUGGGAUUUGGACUUCUACACCAACCUUUUCCAGAAACUUGGCAGGAAUCCCACCAGCGUAGAGUGCUUUGACCUUGCCCAGUCAAACAGUGAACACAGCCGGCACUGGUUUUUCAAAGGUCGCCUCGUAGUGGACGGGCAGGAGGUCAAAGAGUCCCUCUUCGAGUCCAUCAUGAAGACCCAAGAACAGAGCAACCCCAACAACGUCAUCAAGUUCUGUGACAACAGCAGCGCAAUCCAGGGCAGGGAGAUUCUUUCGCUGUGGCCCAGAGACCCGUCCCGUGCCAGCCCCUUUGAGAAGCGUACGUCCACUCGGCAUGUCAUUUUCACAGCUGAGACCCACAACUUUCCCACUGGUGUUGCUCCUUUCAGCGGGGCAACCACUGGGACAGGCGGGCGAAUCCGGGACGUACAGUGUGCAGGUCGUGGGGCCCAUGUGAUUGCGGGCACAGCUGGGUACAGCUUCGGCAAUCUCCAUAUCCCAGGAUACUCGUUACCAUGGGAGGAUGCAUCAUUCCCAUAUCCAGGCAACUUCGCUCGGCCUGUAGAGGUGGCCAUCGGAGCUAGUGACGGUGCUUCCGAUUACGGAAACAAAUUUGGGGAACCUGUGCUAGCAGGAUUUGCACGCUCCUUUGGGCAGCGUCUGGCAGAUGGUGAGCGGUACGAGUGGAUCAAACCCAUCAUGUUCAGCGGUGGCAUCGGGGCCAUGGAAGAUGCGCAUGUGCUCAAGGAAGCCCCGCAGCCUGGUAUGGAUGUUGUGAAGGUUGGAGGCCCCGUCUAUCGAAUUGGUGUUGGGGGAGGAGCUGCUUCCUCCAUCCAGGUGCAGGGCGAUAAUGCCAGCGAGCUGGAUUUUGGGGCCGUGCAACGAGGGGAUGCUGAGAUGGAACAGAAGAUGAACCGAGUGCUGCGAGGCUGUGUGGAAAGCGGCGAGGACAACCCGAUCUGCAGUUUGCAUGACCAGGGUGCUGGAGGCAAUGGGAAUGUGCUGAAGGAACUGAGUGAACCAGCCGGGGCCACUAUCUAUGCAAGCCGCUUCCAGCUGGGAGAUCCCACAUUGAGUGUCCUGGAAAUUUGGGGGGCUGAGUACCAAGAGUCCAAUGCCCUUCUGCUCCGUCCUCGUGAUGCGACCUUCUUGCGGCGAUUGGCCUGCCGUGAGAGGUGUCCUGUUGACUUCGUAGGCCGGAUUACAGGCGAUGGACGGAUCGUGCUGGUCGAUGACACGAAGGUUCCGGCAAGCGAUGCGGAGCUUAAGGAAGGGCAAGCGGGAGGAAGACCCACCCCUGUGAAUUUGAAACUGGAAUGGGUGCUGGGGAAGAUGCCACGCAAGGAAUUCACUUUGAAGCGAGUGAAGCGCGCCCUUCAACCUCUGGACUUGCCCCGUGACCUUAGUGUGGUGGAUGCCCUCCAGCGAGUCCUGAAGCUACCGUCGGUGGCUAGUAAACGUUACCUGACCAAUAAGGUCGAUCGGUCGGUGACGGGGUUGGUGGCGCAGCAGCAGUGCGUGGGUCCCCUGCAUACCCCUCUGGCAGAUGUUGCAGUGGUGGCCCUCUCGCCCUUUGAGGUAGUGGGAGGAGCCACAGCCCUCGGAGAGCAGCCUAUCAAGGGGCUCAUUGACCCAGCAGCCGGCGCUCGACUGGCUGUGGCAGAAGCUCUUACCAACCUGGUCUUUGCCCGUGUCACUGACCUCAAGGAUGUGAAAUGCAGUGGGAACUGGAUGUGGGCAGCCAAGCUCCCUGGUGAGGGGGCAGCCUUGGCUAAUGCCUGUAGGGCGAUGUGCUCUGUGAUGGGGGAACUGGGCGUGGCUGUUGACGGCGGCAAGGACUCGCUCAGCAUGGCAGCCCGGGUCGGCACAGAAACCGUCAAGGCACCUGGGACCCUGGUUAUCUCAGCUUAUGCUGUCUGCCCAGAUAUCAGAUCUACUGUCACCCCUGAUCUUAAAUGUCCAGAAGGCAGAGGGACCCUGCUUCAUGUUGCAGUCAAUCCAGAUCGACAUCGCCUGGGGGGCAGCGCCCUGGCCCAGUGUUUCUCUCAGCUGGGGGAUGUUUCCCCAGACCUGGAUAGCCCUGCUACUCUUGUUUCUUGCUUCCAAGUCACCCAAGAGCUGCUGAAAGAUGGCUUGAUUUCUGCUGGGCACGAUGUGAGUGACGGGGGCCUUCUGACGUGCAUGCUGGAGAUGGCUUUUGCAGGGAAUUGUGGAGCCCGCAUAGAGCUGGGUGCCCCUGGAGUCAACGCCCUGGAGGUGCUGUUUGCAGAGGAACCCGGCCUGGUGCUAGAGGUGCCCGGCGUAGCAGCGGCUGAUGUCUGCCAACGAUACCAAGAAGCCGGGGUGCGGUGUGUACCUGUUGGGCAUUCAGGUUCCCGGGGAGCCAAUGCCAUGGUUCGAGUCACUGUAAAUGGCCAGCAAGUGCUGGCUGAGAAAGUAGGGAUGUUACGGGCCUGGUGGGAAGCCACCAGCUUCCAGCUAGAGCGGCUGCAAGCCAACCCUGAGUGUGUGGCCCAAGAAGAGACCGGGCUGGCCAGGCGCACAGAACCAACCUUUGUCAUGACCUUUAACCCCCAUGAAGAGCUUCCCCUGCUACGGGAAAUAGCCAUGCCUGCCCCCCGUGUUGCUGUGCUUCGGGAGGAAGGGAGUAACGGGGACCGUGAAAUGGUGGCUGCUUUCCUUAUGGCUGGUUUUCAGGUCUGGGACCUCAACAUGGAAGACCUGUGCUCGGGCGAGAUGUCUCUGGACUCCUUCCGAGGCCUGGUGUUCGUCGGAGGGUUCAGCUAUGCGGAUGUCUUGGGCUCUGCCAAAGGCUGGGCGGCUUCCGUGACCUUUAACCCCCGAGCGCAGGCUCAGUUCCAGGCAUUCCACCGUCGCAGAGAUACCUUCAGCCUGGGCGUGUGCAACGGCUGCCAGCUGAUGGCGUUGCUUGGGUGGGUGGGGGCAGAAACCCUGGAUGCCGAAGCUGAAGCAGGUGGCUCAAUCAAACCUGGGCUGUUGCUGAGCCCCAACAAUUCUGGGCGCUUUGAAUCACGUUUUGUGGCUCUGAACAUCGAGGAAAGUCCAGCGCUGAUGCUGCGGGGUAUGGCUGGUUCCACCCUGGGCAUCUGGGUGGCACAUGGAGAAGGUCGGAUGCGGUUCCGCUCAGCCGAAAUCCUGGAUCGCAUGCGCUCUGCCCGUCUGGUCCCACUGCGCUACGUGGAUGACCAGGGGCUGCCAACGGAGGAGUAUCCUAUGAAUCCUAAUGGCUCUCCACUAGGUAUUGCCGGCAUUUGUUCUCCUGAUGGACGCCACUUGGCCAUGAUGCCUCAUCCCGAGCGCUGCAUCCUGCCUUGGCAGUGGCCCUGGAUGCCAAGCGCUUGGCGCCAGUCUCUGCGGGUCUCCCCAUGGCUGCGCAUGUUCCAGAAUGCCUGUGAAUGGUGCUUGCGUUAUCCUGAAGGCCAGCCUUGAGCAUAUUUCCCCAGGCCAUCUCCACCCUUCCAGUAUUGCCCUCAUAAACCCUCUCACACAAGCUGCACCUUGCCGUUACUUAUAAGCUGCACUGGACCAGACAAUCUGUCGCAGUCCCUUGGCUGUGUUGCUGUCCUCACUCAAAACGAUUCUUUGAGAGAUCAAGGAAAGGGGCAGUGCUUCCACUGACCACAGGAGGUCGACACUGUGCCACAAGGAACAAGUUUGUGCUUUUCUCAUUGUGGAGUCUCAUGGGACCAAUGCAAUUUCCAAAGUGCCAAUAAAAACGAACUGACUU